UUUUCAGGUAGUAACAGGCAAUUUGAUUAUAUAAAGAGUAUUCGAGGGUUGUUUUUCUAAGCAGAGUACCCAUUCUUAUUACUUCUGCUUGUAAGUAUUUGGCUUUGGAAUACUUGAAAGGAGAAGAAGAAUAUGGCAGAAGCAGAGCCGAGUUUCAAGGACCCAAGAUGGUCUCUUAAGGGCGUGACUGCUCUUGUCACCGGUGGAACCAAGGGCAUUGGGUAUGCCAUAGUGGAAGAGCUAGCUGCACUUGGAGCGGCAGUGCAUAUUUGUUCCAGGAACCAAACAGAGAUCAGUGAGAGGGUAAAAGAAUGGGAGAGUAAAGGGUUCAAAGUAAGUGGUUCAGUUUGUGACCUGACAUCAAAAGCUCAGCGGGAGGAGCUGAUUCAGACUGUGUCCUCUGUUUUUCAUGGCAAGCUCAACAUCCUCGUAAACAAUGCCGGAACAGUGACACUCAAAGAAGCUACAGGAUAUACUGAAGAAGAUUACUCGACUAUAAUGAAUACCAAUGUUGAGGCUCCCUACAAUCUUUCUCAACUUGCACACCCCCUUUUGAAGGAAUCAGGAGCAGGAAAUAUUGUGUUCAUAUCCUCUGUCGCUGGAGUGAUAGCUCUACCUAAACUUUCUAGCUAUGCAGCAUCCAAAGGAGCAAUCAACCAAAUAACAAAGAACUUGGCAUGUGAAUGGGCAAAGGACAAUAUUCGAGUAAACAGUGUCGCACCAUGGGGUGUCAAAACCAACAUUUUGCCAGCCGAUGUUGCUCAUGCCGAGGAUUUUAUCAAGUUAAUCGCACGAACUCCUCUGGGUCGUAUUGCAGAGCCUAAUGAGAUUUCAUCAGUGGUGGCGUUUCUUUGCCUUCCCGCCGCUUCAUAUAUCACCGGGCAAGUAAUUUGUGUCGACGGGGGAUACACAGUGACUGGUUUCUAGCCAAUUCAUACAUGAUUUUUCAUAAUCUUCUAUUGUGCCAAUCCAUCGAGUUUGUUUUCAGCUUUACAUAUAAAAAUAACUUCUCAUAAAAGUAUAAUAAGAAAUCAAGGGAAAAAUCUUCCUCUAAUUAAUGUGAUGUUUUAUGUUGUGGGGAUCAAACUUUUAACAUCUUUGUGGUGAAUGACGUACACCGUUUAGUUCCUUUA